CUCCUCCCCACGAACGCCCAAUCCAGCGCAGGUUGAGGCGCACACCCACAUCUUCCCAAUUUAGAAGUCUCACAAGGAAGCCUCUCAAGAUGAAGCCCGUUUUUGGAGCGAUGCAAGCUUGGUCUUGCAUCGUCAUCUCCGCCUUCGCCAUCGUGAUCCUCUCUGUCAUCGGCUCCCUUUUCCGCUCCAACCACCACUCCAUGAUGGGCUCGACCGGCGAUCCCAAGGAUGGUGCCGCUGUUGCCGUUACCGUCUUCUCAGCCGUCGUCGUUUACGCUGUCUUCCUCGUAGGCUGCGCUUUCCAAGCAUACCUUCAUAUCCGCGAGAAUCGCCGUGGCGCCAUCACGCUGUCGUAAUAUGGGUCUGGGAUUCGAGGCGUGGUGUUUUGGGCGUUUGGGUUUGAUGAUUCCGUUAUAGAGAUUCCUUUUGAGGUUCGGGGAUUGGGGGGAUAAUUGAUGACAGGAAGUAGGGGGUGAGGGAGAGAGGCGAGAUUCUUGCAUGGAUGCGUGUGAUGGAGAGAUGUUGGAUGCGUUGAUAUAUGUUGAGCCGAGGUGGGUGGACAUUCUCGGAUGGGAGUGGGGUAAAUAUCUACCUAUUGCUCAUUGUUU